UUUCAUCGUUAGCGUAGUGUAGCGUUGGUUUAUCAUUGGUUUGUGGUUUGUGAUUGUCUAGUUGUUUAUGGUGUGGCCCAUCCCAGUUCGCUGUGAAUUUGUGUGCCGUAUCCAAAAAAUAACUAAACUUUUCAAAUCAAUGGAUUAUUCCCUCUGCUGAAACGAUUAAAAUAUGCCCGAAGAAAAAAUGACUGUUACGAACGAUUCUUCUCCCGCAAAAAGUAAAUCCUCAACACUGAGUCGAAGCACUGAUUCAACAGUAGCUCAAAUCCUUCUUCUGGAUGGAAAUACACUCAAUGUUACAAUUGACAAAAGAGCAAAAGGAAGAGAACUUUUAGAAUUGGUGUGUGAAAAUAUCAACCUUAUAGAAAAGGAUUACUUUGGACUGAUAUAUGCUGAUAGACAUGACGAUAGAAAUUGGUUGGAUUUAGAGAAACGUAUAUCUAAAUUUCUCAAAAGUGAACCAUGGAAAUUCAACUUCGAAGUAAAAUUCUAUCCGCCUGAUCCUGCUCAAUUGCAGGAAGAUAUCACUCGAUACCAUUUGUGUCUUCAAAUUCGAAACGACAUCUUGAAAAACCGCUUGCCUUGCUCUUUUGUUACCCAUGCCCUGUUGGGAUCUUAUUUGGUGCAGUCAGAAUUAGGUGAUUACGAUCCUGAUAAUAUGGGUCGUUACUAUCUCAAGGACUUCCAGUUUGCUCCAAAUCAAACACCAGAUCUAGAAGAAAAAGUAAUGGAGUUACACAAAACUCACAAAGGUCAAUCACCUGCAGAAGCUGAACUUCAUUAUCUAGAAAAUGCUAAAAAACUGGCCAUGUAUGGUGUAGAUUUACAUCCAGCUAAAGAUUCUGAAGGUGUAGACAUUAUGCUAGGUGUCUGCGCUUCAGGUUUAUUAGUUUACAGAGAUCGUUUGAGGAUAAAUAGAUUUGCUUGGCCAAAAAUAUUAAAAAUUAGCUACAAACGACACAAUUUUUAUAUAAAAAUACGUCCUGGUGAAUUUGAACAAUUUGAAUCGACAAUAGGCUUCAAAUUGGCUAAUCAUAGAGCUGCAAAAAAACUUUGGCAAACAUGUGUUGAACAUCAUACUUUCUUUAGAUUGAUGUCUCCUGAAAUUUCUCAAAAAUCUUCAUUAUUCCCCAAACUUGGAUCCAAGUUCAGGUAUUCAGGCCGAACUCAUUAUGAGACGAAAAAAACUCCUAUCGAACGGCCAGCACCAGAAUUUUCAAGAUCACUAACAGGCAAAAGACUCACAUCUCGAAGUAUGGACCCUCUUGGAGGAUCUAAAGCAGAAGAUGAAUAUAAUGAAGCUAAUAAACGACACACAAUGUCUAGUGCCCCAGAACAUAUACCUGACAUAGACACAAGUCCAUCAAGAGUGAAAUCGCAAAAGGAUAAAAAAGAAAAGGAUAAGCUGACAAGGAUUGUUAAUAAAGGAUCAACCAGUGUGAGUUCUGCAAGUUCCAUUGAAGGAGAUUAUGAAGCUGAACAAGAAGAAGAUGAGAAACCAAUUGGAGGAGUAGCUGUGCUCCCAGCAGGUGGUCUUUUUGGGAAGAAAAAAGAUGAGAAAGAAAAUAUCGAUGAGAAUGCACUUGAAAAUGGAACACAUGACCUCAAUUCAACAAAUGAAAGUGACAAGUCGCAAGAUGCUAAAUCAAAGAGUCCUGGUUUCCUCUUCGGUUCCAAACGUGAAAAAUCGCCUAAAGACAAGAAGGAGAAAGAACAGUUGGCACAAAAAGUCAAAGAAAGCCCUGAUAAAGAAAAAUCUGGUGGGCCUCCUGUAGGAUCACCACAACUACCAGCAUAUACGAAACAAUAUGACUAUGUGACAGCCGAAGAACCAGGCAGCCCAAGAAAACCAUUCACCAAAGGAUUCUCUUAUGAAAAACCAUCUUCUAGUGAUAUGGAGCCGGAGAAUCUUCAACAAUCUCCAUCCACAAAACGUGCCACUGGUCUGGCUUUCAAUUAUGCCCCAGGAGAAGAAAAUAAGUUGAAUUCUGGCUUACGUUCUGCUGAUGAUCCAAGAAAACAUAAAUACUUGAAAGAUCCCAAAGCAGAUUCAAAUGCUUUCCUUGAAGGUGAACGCUAUCUUCAUUUGGAACCACCUGGCCAAAAGACCUCAAUUACUACUGCAAUUCCUCCAACUGACACAAAAGCCACAAAACCUGUUAAAUUAUUUGUUAUCACUGGCAAAAAGAACCAAAAAACUGGAAGAAUAGAUUUAGAAACCGCUACAGUUGAUAUUUGUCCAGCUAAUCAAAACAUUCAAACAAAAUUGAUUGAAUCAAAGUAUGGUCUCAUAGAUCCUUCUAAUGGCACAAUUAUUGUUAGUGAUCCAGUGAAUGGCCAGAAAGAAGUCAUCCAGGGUCAUAUUGAUCCUGCUACUAAGCAAAUUAUCAUAACAUCAGGAGGAGUUAUCGAUCCACAAACUAACAAAAAGGAUUCAAGUUUGGGGCAAAUUAUUUCUAUUGCAUCACAACAUCAAGAACCUCCUCCAAAAAGUCCUUUAGCUAUUAUCCCGAAAAAAAGAUUGGUUAAACUUAUUGUCAUUACUGCUAAGAAGGAUCCCUCAGGUAGAGUUGCAGCUGAAAAUGGUUUUGUUGAACACCUGGAGGCUAUAGGAGAUCCUGUAACUGGUCAUAUAGAAACCAAAUAUCGUGACAUCGAUCUAAUAAACAAAACUGUCACCCUAAAGGAUCCUAAAACAGGAAAAACUACAGUAAAAAAUAUUGAAGUUGAUACUGUACUAGGACAAGUCAUUGUACGGGAUGAUAUUUUAGAUCCUAGAACAAAUAAAAUUGAUAAUACUUUAGGUCAAAUAAUAAAAUUCGGUGAUAAUAAUGAUACAAUUUUGCCCAUUACUGCAGUAACGGCACAAAGAAAUCCACAAACAGGACAAGUGGAUAUUACUAAAGCUCAUAAGGAAACAACUAAUGGAAAAGCUGAUGCUAACAUGGGACAGAUUAUCACUAAAUAUGGCUUUAUUGAUACUAAAAAAAAGAACAUCACAAUAACUGACCCUAAAACGGGAAAAGCCGAAGCGGUACCAAUUCAGUUUGAUGCUCAAGACAAUAUUAUUGUUCUUUCUGGAGUUAUAAGUCCAAUCACACAACAGAAGGAUAAUAAUUUAAGUCAGAUUUUACAGGUUGGUUCUGAAAUUGAACCUCAAGUCAAAGUUACGUCUAUAGUUGGAAAAAUUGACAAAAAAGGUCUGGAUCCUAAGAGUGUAGGACCAGUUGAACAAACCUUAGGACUUUAUGAUCCAGAUAAUAAUAAAGUCUAUACUAAGUACGGAAUUUAUGAUCCAUUAAAUGAAACUCUGACUCAUGUAGAUCCUAAAACAGGAAAAAUCGAUAUAAAACAAGGUUCUAGAGAUUUGGCUUCAGGAGAAUUACUAUUCAAAGGCAUCAACAAUUCUAAAACAGGAAAACCUGAUAAUAAUCUUGCAAGAUCUCUUAAAGUAGAAGUGGAUACUGCGAAACCUUAUAGUUCCCAAAUUCCCGGUGCAGUUGAGUUUUCUUCACCAACGGCAGCUAAUAGAACUACUACCCCUGACAUUAAAAAUCAAGUGAUCAAAUUGUUAGUGAUUUCUGCUAAAAAAGACCCUAAAACAGGUCAAUUAGAUAUGGAAAACGCAUUUGUUGAUCAGUCUGCAGGUACCUUGCAUUCGACCGGAGAAAUAAGCUCAAAAUAUGGAGUAUUAGAUCCUCAGAAAGGUACAUUAGUAGUAACCGAUCCUACUUCUGGAAAAGAUGAAACCUUACAAGGAGUAAUCAUCCCCACAACUGGUCAAAUUCUAGUUUUGAAUGGAUCCGUCAUAGAUCCAAAAACCGGUAAAAAAGAUAAUAACCUUUGUCAAAUAUUGACAAUAGUUGGAAAUAGACCAACAGAAUCAAAGAAAUCUGUUAAGGGAGCUCUACCUUCUCAUCCAAUUCCGAAAAAGCGUUUGGUGAAAAUCUUGGUUAUUACAAACCGAAAAGAUCCGAAAACAGGAGCUGUAGAUCCAGAAUCAACAACAGUAGAAAAACUUACUGCAACUGUGGAUCCUGUAACAGGUAUAAUUGAAUCGAAAUUUGGAAAAUUAGAUACAAUCAAUGGCAAAAUUAUACAAAAGGACAAAUCUGGAAAACCAAUAGUGGGAUCCAUAAAAUUCGAUGAAAAUACUGGACAAAUUUAUGUUCCUGACUGUGUUAUUGAUCCAAAGACAGGGAAAAUUGAUUCAAACCUGUCCCAAGUUAUAAAUGUUGUAGAUCCUCAAUUCCCAGCAAUUAUAGUUAAUACUGUUACUACUGCAAGAGAUUCUAAAACGGGUGCUUUAGAUAUCGAUAACGGCCGACAAGAAAUUACCAAUGGUAAAAUCAAUCCAGAAACAGGUGAAAUAUUCACAAAACAAGGAACUAUCAAUUUAGUAUUGAUGAAAAUUUUCACUAGAGAUCCCAAAACUGGAAAAAUCACAGAAAAGCCAGUUGUUGUUGACAAAGACGACAACAUUAUCAUUUCAGAUAUAGUUAAUCCCAAAACUGGCAAAACAGAUCCUAAUUUGGUACAAGUUAUUCAAGUGGGUCCAGAAAUUGAUCCAGAAAUACAAAUCACUAGCUUUGUUGGCAAAUCUGACAACAAAAAGAAUAUUAUUGAUUCUAAAAAUGCAAUACCUUAUAGUUCACCUGGUUUAUACGAUCCUGAUCGUAAUAAAAUAUUCACGAAAUAUGGAGUUUUGGAUCCUAUUGAAGAAACUUUAGCUAUUACUGAUCCUAAAUCUGGAAAACUUGAAACUCGACAAGGCGUCGUUGAACCAAACAGUGGUGAAUUGAUAUUCAAAGGAGGUUUUGUCAAUCCAAAGUCAGGCAAAUUUGAGAAAGAUCUCGGAAGAUCGAUUUCUGUGAAAAUAAUCGAACCUUCUAUUGAUCCUGUAGCUUCUCAACAACCUACUAUAAAAGAAUUGACCAAACCUGAAGUUGUGGAAGCGGUGAAAGCAGUCGAACCUGCUAUUUCUGCUGGACAAGAAAUGAAACCAAGUAAAACAAGUGUAUCUCCUGCAAAAUCAUCGAAUGUCUCGCAACAAAAAUUAGAAGUUGUUUCUGCUAAAGCAGAACAACCAGUUGAGAUGGUACCAAAACAUCGUAUCGUUAAAAUAAUGGUCAUAACAGGUAGGAAAGAUCCAAAGACUGGAAUAAUUGAUACUGAACUUGGCAAACUUGAACAUAUAACUGGUAUCUUGGAUCCAAUAACUGGAAAAAUUGAAACUAAAUAUGGCCAGUUAGAUCCCAAGACCGGAUCCAUGGUGGUCAAAGAUGUUAGUGGUAAAAGUGAGACAAUUUCUGGUAAAGUAGAUCCGUUAACUGGUCAAAUAUUAAUCAAUGGUGGUCCGGUAAUCGACCCAUCUACUGGAAGACCAGAUCCUUCAUUGGGUCAAACAUUCUCCAUUGUCGGAUUGAAACAGGCUCAAGAUCCAAACGCCGCUCCUCUUCCACGAAAAAGAAUAAUCAAAAUAACUGUUAUAACUACAAGAAUCGAUCCCAGAACCGGUAAAAUUGAUCCUGAGAAAGGACAAUUUGAACAAUCCACAGCGUUAUUCAAUCCAGAAACAGGUCUUAUUGAAUCCAAGUAUGGUUUGAUUGAUCCAAAAACUGGCAAAAUUAUCAUUAACGACCCGAAAUCUGGCAAAGUUGAUGCAAAGCAAGCCAGUCUUAAUGAAGAGAAUGGACAAAUAUUGGUUACAGGUGGAAUAACUGACCCUAAAUCUGGAAAAUUGGACAACACUUUGAGUCAACUAAUAAGUAUUUCUGGACAAAACGAUCCUGUUGUAGAAAUUACUACUAUUACUGGAAAGAAAAAUGCCACAUACGGUUGUAUUGAUUUUGAUCAUAGUCAUAUGGAAAAUACCAAAGGUAAAAAGAUUUCGUCAACUGGCGAAAUUGUAACCAAAUAUGGUAAAAUAGAUUUGAAACUUCUGAAAAUAAUGACAAAAAAUUCGAAAACUGGACAAACAGAAACAAGACCCAUUCAACUCGAUAACGAAGGUAAUGUUAUCAUAUCUUCCGGAGUAAAGGAUCCAAAAACAGACACGCUAAAUUCUGAUUUGGCACAGGUGAUUAAAAUUGGAGGAGAAAUCGAUCCUGAAGUCCAAAUUGUUAGCUACAUAGCUAAAAUUGAUCCUAAAAAGGCAACCAUCGACGCUAAAACUGUUUCUCCUGAAAUUUCUUAUGGUAUAUAUAACCCUCAGACACAUAAAAUUGACUGUAAGUAUGGUCAAUUAGAUCCUCUCAAAGCAACAUUGACGUAUAUGGAUCCCAAAACAGGAAAACAAGACGUAAAGGCAGGUAUAAUUGAUACAAAUAGUGGGCAGAUUUUAUUGAAAGGAGGUUAUAUUAAUCCUAAAACUGGAAAAAUUGACCCUAAUUUUGGAAGAAUAAUUAACGUUUUUAUCAGAGAACCUUUGAUUGAUGAAUCAGGGAAUUUGAUUCAGCGUGAACUGAAAGAUGUGAAGGUAGAUCCAAAAACGGGACAGGUUUGGGUAUAUGAUUCUCAGGACCCUAUAACUAAACAAGAGAUCUAUUCAACAGGAUAUGUAGAUCCAAUUACUAGUUAUGUCAUAACAUUGUAUGGUUACUUAGAUCCUAAAUCAGGAACUAUCAACAAGAUCGUUAAAGUUGACUCUAGUAAUGUUAAAGUAGAUCCAUCAACAAAUGAAGUUUACACCAAAACUAGUGAAGUCGAUGAUACCGGUAGUCCAAUAUACUCUACCUCUGAAAUCGAUCCUGCAUCUGGUCAAAUAUUUACUAAAUACGGAAGAAUUGAUCCAAAAACAGGAAAGUUAGUUAUAAUUCGAAUUUAUUUAAUCAACGAUUCUGAACCAUCUGGAAGAGUCAGAGAAAUCGAUCCCAAAGACUGCCAAUUUGAUGAAAAUACUGGUAAGAUAAUUAAUAUAAGCACCCAAACAGUUUAUAUUUAUUCUUUGGUGGACCCAAAAACCGGAAAAAUCGUACAGGUUGACCCUAAUGAUCCUUUGGUUAAAAGUGCGAACACUAAAGUAACCCAAGUAUUAACACUUUCUGGUGAAAUAGAUCCUGAAACUGGUAGAAUUCAUACCGAGUGGGGACAUAUUGAUCCUCAAACUGGAGAUAUAGACCCAAAAACAGCACGAAGGGAUCCUGUUACUGGAGAAUUGAUACUCAAUUAUGCUCAAAUUGAUCCAAGUCAUUUCGAGGAUUUGAAGGAUCUCAAAGUAAAGGUGGAAACUUACAAACCUGGUAGUUCCGACCUUUCUAGUGACGAUGAUUUGAACGAAUAUGCAUCCGAGAAUUUGAAAGAUAUAACGAAUUUAAAGUCAUCCAAAAGCAAAAAGACGGUUGCUUCUACAACACCUGUCAUUGUUAAGACAACAACAAAGCAAAUUGUUACCAAGGAUAAGGAUGGUGUAACUCAAAAUAUCGAAGAAAGAGUUGAGGAUGGCCGUACUGGUGAAGUUACUGUUUCAACGCAAAUUAAUAAGGCGGACGCACCAGUCUCUGAUGAUGGCAAAUCGCCAUUCGUAACUGCAAGAGCUGUUACUACGCGAACGGCUACUACACAUGAAGACCUUGGAACUAAUGCUCGAACACAACAACUGGAAGAGAAAACUGUAGCUCACUCUAUGACAUCAAGCGCUACUCGUCAGGAGCAAAGAACAGUGACUCAAGAGGUCAAAACAACAAGCACUGUAUUAUCUGCUGAUCAGCUGGGCAGACGAGACUCGAUAAGCUCGACUAGUUCAGGUGAUUCAGGCACUCCAAUUGAUCCACCAGAUGAUCCAAGUCAUCCAUACUAUAACAGUGAUAUAUACAAGGAUAUUCCUGGUGGUAUUGUACAAACAGAAAGUGUUGUAUACAGUGGAGAUCCCAAUAUACAGAGGACACCAACUACCAAAGUUCCAGUGGUUGCAACAGAAGCUAGAAAAGUACAUUUGACUUCUGAAGAUGGAAAUUAUCAAGCUACCGGUGAAAUCAUUAGCUCUCAAACUAUAAGUUCUAAAACUAGAACUGUGGAAACCAUCACAUACAAAACAGAGAGAGAUGGUGUUGUUGAAACUAGAGUUGAACAGAAAAUUACUAUACAAUCAGAUGGGGAUCCAAUAGAUCAUGAUAGAGCUUUAGCAGAAGCAAUUCAAGAAGCAACUGCAAUGAAUCCCGACAUGACAGUUGAAAAAAUCGAGAUUCAGCAACAAUCAGCGCAGCCAUAAAAUGGAAUGUGUUCUUGGAGCUUCAGCUUACCUGUGCUAUAUUUUAGAUGUUAUUGCUUCAUUGAAUAUAAAUCUAACUUAAGUACUAAAAUAAGUCAGUUCAUAAUGAUGUUAUUUUUCGAGCAUUUAUGGGAAACAUUUUUAUCCCAAUUUUUCUAAUUAUUUAAUUGAAUAGUUUUAUUUUAUUUCUCAUUGAAGCCUUGUUGAAACUGUAGCUUCCAUUCAGUAGGGAAAUCAGAUUUUACUAAGGAAAUUAUUCUUUUUUACGUAUUACAAACACAUCAUCACUAACAUGCUUUAUGAAAAGUGCUUAGAUUUUCGUAAAUCUUGGUGGACCUUUCAAAGUGUUAUUUAUAAUUUUAUGAAUAACUCAAAUAUCUUUAAUUAUAUACAACAUUGAGUGUUGCUAUUUUCUUCAGAAUAUUUGACUUUUUUUCAUGAAUAUUUUGCAUAUUUUUCAGUUUUUGUGCGGAAAGCUAAAUUCUGUUUCAAUAGUAUUUGAAAUUAUAAUUUUUCUAUAUCUAUUGUUAAUAAUAUCAUGUUCAAGUGUGUGAGCAGGUUUUUCAAUUGUACAAAAUAAAAAUUUAUCUAUUAUAAAUUUCCGAUGUUGAAAUAAAACAGCAGUAUAUAUUGUCAUACAUUUUGAAAGUUUUAUUUUCUGGAUAAGUCCAAAAAAUUAUUCCAGAAAAUUUAUGUGCUAAAAAACAUUCCAUUUAAAAUAAUAGCUCUUGCAUGUAUUCACUUGCAAAGGCAAAUUGUUACAUAUUUUAAAUUUUAUUUAUUGUUUUCUAUAGUAAAAUCUAUGUAGUUGUAUAUAAUGGACAAUUGAAGGGGACCUUAAAAUUAUUUAAGUGACAAUAAAUUGAAAAGUUCGUCACUUUCAUGACACUAUGUCCAUGACGAUAAAAGUUAAUGCAAAAAAACUUUGUAGUUCUUCCAGGAAAUUAUAAUUUUAUUUUUGUGAUUCUUUUGAAUGAAUUUUCACUUCUGGGAACAUUUGCCUUGCAUAUUUAAGAAUUUAGCUUUUUUUUCACCAAAUUAUAAUUAAUUAGUUCAAAUCAGUUGCUACCAUGUUAACUGAUAUUAAGAUAUUUGAAUCUUUGUGAAUAUAUGACAAAAGUUCAAUUUGGACAUUGAAUCUUUGCUUUAAUUAUUUUAUCUGCAGCUGUAUUUAUAUCAUUGUUUGUAUGUAUGUUUUGAAAAUUUUAUUUAAAUAAAAAAAAUGUUGAAAUA